UUUAUCUGACAGCUUGGUUGAACUUUGGAGUUAUAAUUUUAUAACUUUCGAAAAAGUUAUCGGAACUCAUCCUGUGAUAUAAUUCUUGUUAAAUUUUUAUUUCUUAUAUCAAUAUGACGAAAUUGGUUCAAUUUGGCAUUAUUGCCAGGAACUUUUCAAGUUCUUCGCCAAUGCAAAGUGCAAUCAAGAAUGUUACAGUUAUUGGCGGAGGCCUAAUGGGCUCCGGCAUCGCCCAGGUGUCAGCUCAAGCCGGCCAAAAUGUGAUCCUCGUAGAUCUCAGUUCAGACGUGUUGGCCAAGUCCCAGAAGUCCAUUGGUGCCAACCUUGGCCGUGUCGCCAAGAAGGUUUACAAGGACAAGCCUCAGGAGGGCGAGAAGUUUGUAGCGGAGUCUAUGGCCAGGAUCAAGACGAGCACGGACCCAGCAGAGGCUGCCAAGUCUGCUGACCUUGUUGUGGAAGCUAUCGUUGAGAAUAUGAAUGUUAAACACAAGCUGUUUACUCAACUUGAUGCGGUAGCACCAAACCACACCAUCUUUGCAUCAAACACCUCGUCUCUAUCCAUCAAUGAAAUCUGCUCAGUUGUGAAGAGGAAAGACAGAUUUGGUGGUCUCCACUUCUUCAACCCAGUACCAGUGAUGCGUCUGCUAGAAGUAGUGCGAGGAGCCGACACCUCUGAUGCCACGUACAAGACUAUGAUGGAGUGGGGCAAGGCUGUCGGCAAGACCUGCAUCACUUGCAAGGAUACUCCCGGCUUUGUGGUCAACAGGCUGCUUGUACCUUACAUCUGUGAGGCUAUCAGGCUCUAUGAGAGAGGAGACGCAUCAGCUCGCGACAUAGACACAGCCAUGAAACUCGGCGCUGGCUACCCCAUGGGUCCUCUAGAGUUAGCCGACUACGUAGGCCUGGACACCAACAAGUUUAUCUUGGACGGCUGGCACAAGAAGUACCCUGACCAGCCCCUGUUCAACCCCAUCCCACUGCUGGACAAAUUAGUAGCCGAGGGCAAACUAGGAGUGAAAGCCGGAGAGGGCUUCUACAAGUAUGAAAAGAAAUAAGUGAAGUGUGCAAUUGUUGAAUCAUGAAUGAAGUUUAUAUGCAUGUUAUACCAAGUUACUGUAUUUAAAAUAAAGAUUGUAUUAUUUUUA